AUGCAGUCCCCAGGCGUUUCAAGAACCCAGUUCCCCUACCCUGAACAGUUGGAUCAACAAACAUCCCCAGAGCGACCCUCGGGGUCUGGCAGUGCCGACACAUCCAUGGCUUCCCAACAGUCCGGCCGCAGUUCCUCCGCCUCGUCUCGAUCCCAGUCCACCAAGAAUCAGCCCGAUAAGCAAAUAUCCCAGAUCGAAAAGAGCGUGACGCACCUCUUGGUCGCGACAAAACAACUCCUCGAAACCUUGACGCAAUGGUCUCGCAAGCAAGCGUCGGAGAAUGAUGUGUCGGAUGUGUACGUUCGAUUGGGCUAUGAAUUUAACUUGGCUUGUCGGGCCUUCAGUGCCAUCGGAGUCGACACCUCAGAUCUCGGUCCCGUACCAGACCUGCUCCGCACGAUACUUGAAGACACUCUUAGUCAAGAUGCAUCUUCCCAGAGCCUCGAUAGAUACCUUCCCCGAAUCCGAGAUAUAAUCAUCAACUUGUUAAAAGGGCUGAAGAAGAAGCAAGCUCGCUUAAGGUCCCGGCACCAGCGCGAAGAUGGCCGGCCCGCACCAGGACGGCAAGCCAGUGCAGGAAGCAUCGCUAGUGGGCAGGCGAUUGGUCAGUUGUAUGAUGAGGCUGCAGCAUCCACCAUGCCAUCGACAGCCCAGUCGACAUCCCAGUCCCCCAGAAGAUCGAACCGACGGUAUGGCAGCGGUGGAUCACUGGAGGAUCAACCCGCCAUUGCUCGAACCUCCUCGGCACCUUCGACAACCGAACCGCGCGCAAACUACGCCGAAAGAGAAACCUCGCGGCGAGAGGCCCAGCAAAUGCUGUCUCAACCCACCCCCUUCGAUAAUGAUACAACCCCUCGAGCCAACGCACCCAACAAUACUUCGCCUUCAACAUAUAUUACACCCACAGGGUUCUCUGCACCUCCGCCUCCACCUCCGCCUAAAGAAGAUGACGCAUUGGGUGCUUUGCAAAGAAGUGGGGAGCUUGAGCGGCGUGCCUCGCGUCGAUUCUCUGCUUAUCAGAUUCAAAAGCAUUUGGGCACAUCGACCAACGGGGUUCCUGUCCUGCCUACUCAGAACUCUCCCAUUCCCAAUCGCGGUCGUGAUGUCCGCGAAUCCUUAAACGCAGUUCGUCUGCGGGGCUCAUUUGCCCAUACCAGACAACGAUCCAACAACCGCUUACAGGAAGCCGCCAAGAGUGCGCAAGCCCCUCCACCCGCAAAUAUUCCGGAUGUCGUGGAAGAAGAACGCACCCCUCCAGCUGCCGCACCUCCAUUAGGACCACAAGGGAUCGAUACCGCACCAUCCGAGGCGCCCAGCGAAGCGCAUGCUCCUGGCGAAAAAGCCGAUACAGUGGAAGCUACAAUCGUUCCUCCUCCCAUCAUUCCCGCGCCCCAAGAGAAACCAACGCUCGAAGACGCUUUCGAGCCCGCAAAACCAACACCCCAAACCCCGAAGGGGGACUCUUUUCGGACCGUCCGCCGAGGCAAAGAGCUGACGCUGUUUCUGCAAUACAAAAGCAAAAUUAAGAAGUAUGUGCUCCCGGAUGGCAUUGCAGAACUCACCAUUGGGCGCCUGCAGCUCGCUUUUAUUGAAAAGUUUGCCUGGAAUACCCACGAUAAUGGCGUUGAUUUGCCGGAAAUUUAUAUCCAAGACCCGAUUUCAGGCAUCCGACAUGAACUAGAAGAUCUUGCCGAUGUCAAAGAUCGGUCUGUCUUGGUGCUUAAUGUUGACAACCUCGAUGAGGUCAAGAAACAUUUCGAUGAUAGCCUCGGAAGCGUGCGCCUCCUGGUCGAAGGCGUCAAAGAGACGCUUUCCGGCCAAGGAAAUAUCAUCCAGCGGGUUUCGGAUCGCCAGCUUGAAGCUGCCAAAGAAAUCGCUCGCUUAGCUGCUUCUCCUCCAGCAAACUCUGGUCCGGCUGCCAUUGGAGGGAAUUCAAAAGCAUCGAUUGCCGGAAGCGGAUCUCAAAUUGCGGAGCUUCAGAGCUUGCGCCGUGACUUGGCUGUCCUGCGACAGACCUACUCCAACUUUACUGCAGACAUCACCGGUUCUAUGAGUGCAGUCCGCGCCAAGGCAAGCAAGGUCAAGACUGCCGCCGAUGACGUCGCUACCCCCUCUUAUGAAGGUGACGCUGGUCGUGCACGGGUUAACACUGGCAAGAAGGAACUUGCAGCUGAAUCUGAGCGCCUGGUCGCUCGCGUCGAUGAUCUCCAAGAUUUGGUUGAGGAUCUUCGGAAGGAUGUUGUGACUCGCGGUGUUCGUCCUCUCCCAAGACAAUUGGAGGGUGUCAGCCGCGACAUUAGCAUGGUCAUGAAAGAAAUUAAGAAAAUGCAGGACUUCCUGGGUCGCGAGAAGCCCAUCUGGACUAAGAUCUGGGAGAAGGAGCUACAGCUGGUUUGCGAAGAACGAGACCAGCUUACCAUGCAGGAGGACCUUGCUGCCGACUUGCAAGACGACCUCGAGAAGGCAACCCAGACUUUCGCCUUGGUCGAGCAAGCCACGAAGGAGCAGGUCUUGACAAAUGCAACUGGUGGCACCGCGGUCCGCGCUCCAUCCAGGACUCUUGGAAUCGACCCAACCAUUGAUCCCAUGAAAGCCAAGGACGGUGUCCUAGGCGAGGUCCGUGCUUUGCAACCCAACCAUGAAAGCCGACUCGAGGCCAUUGAGCGAGCCGAGAAAGCACGAAAGAAGGAGCUUGAGACUCGGCGAAUCGGUCUUUUCCAGAAGGAACUCGGUGCAUUUGUCGAAGAAGGCAAGUUGAAGAAGAGCGGUGGUUUUGAAGAGACUGAGCGUCUCCGUACUGCGAAGGAUGACCGCAUCCGCAAAGAAGUUUGGGAUAGACAGCAGGCCCGCAAUGCCGAGAUGGCGAAGGCAGAGGCGGAAGCUGCUGCUGCGCAGGCAGCGGAGCAAAACAAGGAGGGUGAGGGUGAUAACGACCAGCAAGAAGGCGAAACGGAGGCGACCCCGGAGGAUGGAGACGAGGCAGAGAAGGCAGAGAAGGCAGAAGAGCCCAAGUCGCCAUCUUCCGACGCGGCAAAGCCACUCCCCAAAUCGCCGGAGGAAGACAACGGUGCCUCCGAACAGCCCUCUGCCUGA